GUCCUUCCCAGGGGACGCGGUUGGUGCGCCGUUUCUGAGGUAGUGACUGGGAGCUGGCGAUACAUGAACAAGGAGUGUUCGUCGAUUAAUGAUCCGGAAUGGAAAUAGGAACUGAAAUCAGCCGUAAGAUCAGAACUGCUAUUAAGGGAAAACUGCAAGAGCUUGGGGCUUAUGCAGAUGAAGAGCUCCCAGAUUACAUUAUGGUUAUGGUAGCCAAUAAAAAGAGCCAGGAGCAAAUGGCAGAAGAUCUGUCUCUUUUUCUGGGAAGCAAUACUCUCAAGUUUACUGUAUGGCUGCAUGGAGUUCUUGACAAGCUGCGCUCUGUAACAGUUGACCCCACCACUGUGAAGCAACAGCCAAACUACACAGAUUGCAAUGUAUUUCCUUCAGAGAAGAGUCGAGCAGCUGUCAUUGGAAGCACUGAUCAAAAUAGUGAAGAUGUUCGUAUUCUUGCUGUGUCAAGCACACAUUCUGAAAAAAAUGAUUCUCGUGUAACUACUAGCUCAUUGCAAGAGCAGACAAUACCCAGUAUCAGAACAACUUUGGAAAGGAGUUCAUCUCAGUUAACAUCAGCAGUGAAGCCUUUGUCAGAACCAGUUUCCUCUGAAGCAAUAAUUGACAUUAAACCUGAACCAGAUGAUCUUAUAGAUGGGGAUCUUAACAUUUUGCAGGAACUUCCAUCAUCUUCUAAGAAGAAGCCUGUGGUGACAGUUUCGUACAAUGUAUCUUGCCCUUCAUUUGAUACCUCUGGGCCAGAAGAAAAUGUUUCACAAGUGUACAAGACAACUGACACUAGCACUCAGCCUGUAAGGAUAGCUCAGAAUAAUGUGCAGCCAUGUAAGUUAGGAGAAAGCACCUUGCAUGGCUACGGACUAUUAGAAAAUACUGGCAAUGUUUACAGAUCAUAUGAAAGCACCUUGCAAGCUUACAACAGAUUGCCGGAAAGUGGAGUACAGGUUUGCAGGUCAUCAAAGUCUAACUCUGAUCGAUCAAGUAGAGAUGAUGAAAGUUCAAAGAAGAGAAAGGCAUCAAUCAUUAGCUCUGUUGUUAAAGUAAACAAGACUAGUGACGGCGAAGAAGAUGAUGACGACUUUGGCUCAAGAACAGGAAGUCUUUCCAGUAGUAUUUCUGUCCCAGUGAAACCUGAAAGAAGGCCCACUUUGCCACCUUCUAAACAAGCCAAUAAGAAUCUAAUUCUAAAAGCAAUCACAGAGGCCCAAAAAUCUGUAAGCAAGACCACAAGUUACCCAGCAGUUGUUUCACAGAAACAGAUGGUACCUGUGGCUCCUAGAACUCGGGCCGUACGUGAAAGCAGUGAAAUUGAAGCAAUUAAUCCAGUAGACAAACCCCAUCAACAUGGCUUACAGUUACAGAUCAGUGCAGCUGAACAACCUGUACAAAAAUAUUACUUGCAACCAAUAGAGUCAAAACCUGGUGGUGAUACAAGGUCGUUUAUCUUAAAGAAGCCUGUAUUGGAAGCAGUGGAACCCCAUCUUCAGGGAAAGGCUACAGUUUAUGUGGAAGCUUUGUCAGCAGAACAAGAUCGUAUGGUGCAGUCCAAAGAUCAAGCUGACUCUGAGGAAUCGAGUCCUAAAUUUAUUGUGACACUGGAUGGCAUUCCAAGUCCCCCUGAAUCUAUUUCAGAACAAGAUGAGGAGACUGAGCCAAUAGAGCAAAGUGGUCUCUUACAAGAGGCUGGAAGGAAAUACAAAUCAUCAAUGCAGUCUGUUGCUCAAACAUUGAUUGAAUCUGAUGAGGAAGAGAUCGAUGACAGCAACUUUCAAGCAAAACGACAGAAACUUCUAGAAAGGUGCAAGUACUGGCCCGCCUGUAAAAAUGGUGAUGAUUGUAUGUAUCAUCAUCCUGUAACCUCGUGCAAAACCUUUCCAAAAUGUAAAUACGGGGACAAGUGCCUAUUUAUCCAUCCAAACUGCAAAUAUGAUUCCAAGUGUACUAGACCAGAUUGUCCAUACACACAUGCAAGCAAACGGACUGCUAUAAUGCCAAAACAGCCAGCUCCCGUGACAACAGCAGGAAGUUCUUUAUGUCGAUUCUUUCCAGAUUGCAAAAAAGUGGAGUGUCCUUUUAUUCAUCCAAAGCCAUGUCGAUUCAGUACACAGUGUAAGAGAACUGACUGUACAUUCUACCACCCUACAAUUACAUUACCUCCACGCCAUGCUCUUAAAUGGACCAGAUCUCAACAAAAUAGCGAAUGAUCAGUCUGGAUCGUGCAGAAUCCCAUAUUGUGGACAUAAGGUUGCAACUAUUUAAUGUAGCAUUUUACAAAUUUGUAUUGCCCUCUUCCAAUAUUGUAUAACACUGAAUAUCAAACAUUUUACAAAUAAUUCUUCAGACGUGAACUGACUAGAUUUUUUUGUGCAUAAUUUGGAUACAGACGUAAUUUCUCAAUAAUGAGUUCGUAAGGUGCAUUGUGUAACUUGUAUUUUGUGCUGUUAGAGACAGUAUCUUAAAUUCAGUGGAAAAUUGAAAGAAGAUCAGUAUUUGAUGUAAGGUCAAUUUUGUUGAGAUUGUUUGCAGUAAAAAGAACUCAGUUUGUUUAAUGAA